AUGAUUAAUACGCGGAUGUCGAUGGCCACGAGGUUGAGUGAUCAUGUGUCGCGUAUGUUCAUGAACCGGUCACCGGUAUACAAUGGUGUUCUGGCGCGAUUUGCAUCGACCAGUACUGCUACUACAUCACCAACCAAUCCCACCCCUCCACCACCAACUCGUGGGUUUCAAGCUCACAAAUCCAUUUAUAAUCGAGCUCCAGCAAAGAGCGGUCCACCUGCUGAUGGUAAACAAACUGUGGGAUAUGUUCUACAUGGCAAAUUCACAAAUAACAAUACAAUGCUAACAUUAACCCGCCGUUAUGUGCGUGUGGGCAAAUUGGCUGAGAAACUGACAGAUCAAGAGAAAAUUAUAGAUCAAGUCAGACCAAUGCAAGAAGUGCUAGGUACGAUUUCUUCUGGUCAACUGGGAUUUCGUGGAUCUAAGAAAAAUUCUUAUGAAGCAUCAUUUCAAACCACCUCUAGAAUGUUCAAACUCAUGGAAGAAAAGGGUUAUCUAAAUGAGCGAUUAGAGAUUGUCUUCCGCCAAUUCGGAGAAGGCCGAGAGGCUUUCCUGAACGUACUCAAUGGUAAGGAAGGUACUAAAAUCCGUCCUAUCAUCUAUAGAGUAACCGAUGCAUCUAAAAUCAGGUUUGGUGGUGACAGACCUCCAGGCCGUCGUCGUGUAUAA